AUAUGUACAGACCAGUUCAAUUCAAUCCAAUCCAUUUCCCGUCUCUCCCACUCUGCCUAUGGCCCACCCUCCUGCCCCGCCGGAAAACGAAAUCCACGUCCCCCGCGCGCGGCCGCCGACGUAGCAAAGCCGCCCUCCCCCGCGCCGCGCUCUCCUCUCCAGCGCCGCCGACCCGACGAGCCCCGAUGGAUCCCGCGCCUGAUUCGCUCGCUGCCUCCGCCCCAUUCCCCACCAUCCCCGCCGCGACCCACAGGCCGCGCGGCGCUAGGACGCGGCGCCAGGCUGGCGGCCCCUUCCGAUCGGACCACCCCUUGGCCUCCUGCUCCUCUGGUCGCCGCCUUGGCGGCGAUCCCGGCCCUGCCACGCGGCCGAGCACCGCCGGCGGAUCGCGCCCCGCGGCUUUCGUCUUCGGCGGGGACGCGCCGUCUGACGGCACCGUAGAGGAGAAUCCGGCGUCGAUGGGCCCGUGGAGUUCUCCUCGCCGCGCUAAUUUUGUUUUCGGGAGUGGCUUGGCGGGGGCAUCGGAGAUGAAGAAGAGCUCCUCGUUUGGAUCCAGUGACGCUUCCUCAUUGUGCAGGCACGCUGCCGCAGUUGAGGAACUCACCCUAGAUGAUUCUUAUGGCAAGCAAAGGGCUGCCGAUGCCGGUGUUUCCGGAGGCACCGAUCCGGCUCUCGAGAUGAACGCUGGCGAUAGUUUUGGUGCCUGCGAAAGCAGUUUAAAGUUGCAUGAGGUUGUUUCUCUGAGCAUUUUUCAUGGUGAAGCCAAGCAGCGUGAAGAAGGGUGUGGCACUGGCAUGCUGUCUCAGACAGUAGGAUGCGUGAGGACGGAGACAAGCUCAUCAUUAGCUGGCCAUCUGACCAAUUCAGUAAUAUGUACCGACAAGAAUGUUUCCAUGGAAUCCCCCAAGGAUCAUGACAGCUCAACCGUUGGUGAUUCUCGGGAUGAAGUUUACGUCACAAAGGAUGGAAGUAAACUUUCUGCAAGUGGUGGUAAUGUCGAUCAUAAUUUGUUUGUUUUUGGUGACCAUGCUAGCGCUCGUUAUAGGGGCUUCGUUGCAAAUACAGCACAAAGUGAUAUCAAGAAGUUAGAUUCAUCGGAUAUCGAGGAUGUAACGAGCAGUUCUGAACAACUUGAUCUUUCAACUUCUGAAGAUUGCGGAUGCAUCAAGUUGGAGCCUGCACGUGGUUCACGUAAUAGGAAUCCUCUACAUUUGGGACCUCAUGAAGUUCCAGAAACAGAAAAAGGCUCAAAUACUGCACCCUUUAACUUUGGAUCUCAAGGUGACAUUGGCAAUGUUUCUUUCACAGCGUUGCCUGAUGGUAUGCAAACACAAAGCACCGUAGUACCAGUGUCUGGAUUUGGAGAAUGCAGAUCUUUUGAUAAGAAAUCAUUUACUCUACACGACCACAAUGCAGUAUCUAGGGACAAGGGAGGGGUUAAGAGUAAUAGAAGGGCAGUUAAACCAAGGAAGUUCUCCUCACCCCGCCAGGUUUCUUCCUUGCAAACAGCCUUUGCAGCCGACGGUUUUUCUGGAAAAGUGACUCCAGAAACAAAUUUGAAUUUGAAAGAAACAUCUGGCCUCAGGUUAGAGGACCCCAGUAUCUGCAUAGGUGGAAGUGGCCCAGAGGAAGCUGUUUCUACACGAACAACAGAAAGUAACCAUGAUGGAACAAGACUCGCUUUUACGGCAAACUUGGAAAAUUCUGGUCAAUCGGUCUUAACAUUUGCCUCAUCUACUUUAAAUCAAAGUAAGUUGCACUCACAAAGACGACACAACAAGGAAAGUUGUGCAGGAAUAGCUACCCACUCUAACUCUGUUCAAAGCGUUCCUACAUCUGCCAUUGAUCUUGCACACUCAGAAGUUUCAGAAAGCCAGCGGAACACAGUUUUAGCGGCUCAAUGGACUGAAUGCAGCAAAUCAGAAUCUAAAACAGGAUAUCAGGAAUGUUCAAAAGAAGAAAACUUUGGAUAUCAGGAAGAUUGUGAAACAUGGCGUAUAAGGGGAAACCAAGCAUAUGCUGCAAGGCAGUUAGCUAAGGCGGAGGAAUGCUAUACCCAUGGAAUAAAUUCUUUUUCUCCAAAUGAAGCUUCUCAGAAAGCAUUAAUGCUGUGCUACAGCAAUCGUGCAGCUACCCGGAUAUCUCUCGGUAGGAUGAGAGAUGCGCUCUCUGAUUGUAGGAGAGCUACUGAUAUCGAUUCCAGCUUUCUCAAGGCACGAGUCAGAGCUGCCAACUGCCUACUUGCUCUGGGGGACGUCGAAGAAGCACAAAAGGAUUUUGAAAUUUGUUUGAAGUCUAAUCACACGACAAGCUUGCAGUAUAAAAUCAUAGAAGAGGCUUCUGAUGGUCUACAAAAAGCUCAGAAAGUAUCUAGUUUUAUGCUUCAAUCCAAGGAAUAUCUUGUUGAAAAGGCAUUUGACAAGAUACCCAGCACCUUACAAAUGAUUACAGAUGCUUUAUCCAUAAGCACUCAUUCAGAUAACUUGAUGAAAAUGAAAGCAGAAGCCCUGUUACUGUUGCGGCGAUAUGAAGAAGUAAUUCGAUUUUGUGAAGAAACUCUGCAUCUGGCAGAAAAAAAUAGCGUGUCUGUGUGUCCUGAUGAGCAUUCAGAAAAGAUAAACGCGGAUAGCUACAGUUGCUCUGUGAAAUUGUGGCGCUAUUAUCUUAUCGCCGAGUCAUAUUUCUUCAUAGGAAAGCUUGAAGAGGCUCAACAAUUCUUAAAAAAGCAUGAGCAAGCAACACUUGUGGAAUGCAGGUGCGCGAAGAAAUCUCAGCAAUCAGUUUUGUCCCUCUCCAGGACAAUCUCUGAAUUACUGCGUCUUAAAGCUGCUGGGAAUGAAGCUUUUCAAGCUGGUAAAUAUUCUGAGGCCGUGGAACAUUAUACUGCUGCUUUGUUAAGCAAUACCGAGUCACUUCAUUUUUCAGCAAUCUGCUUUGGUAACCGUGCGGCUGCAUACCAAGCAAUGGGACAAAUUUUAGAUGCCAUAGCAGAUUGUUCACUAGCUAUAGCCCUUGACACCAGUUAUUGUAAGGUUAUUUCUAGAAGGGCUAGUUUGUAUGAACUUAUAAGGGACUACGGUCAGGCUGAAAAUGAUCUCCGUAGGCUAAUAUCUCUUCUUGAGAAACAACUACAAGACAAUAUGUCCAUGCCGUCUGAAAAAUCAGACAAUAUUCGUCACAAUCUGCACCGAGCCAAUCUUAGGCUUUCUGUGUUGGAGCGCGAUGCGAGAAAAAGGACCUCAUUAAAUAUGUAUUUGAUACUCGGAAUUGAGCCAUCUUGCUCUGUUAAGGAUAUAAAAAAGGCAUAUCGGAAAGCAGCACUGAGGCAUCAUCCCGACAAAGCGGGUAAUUUUCUCGUGACAAGUGAAAAUAUUGAUGAUACAUUAUGGAGAGAAAUCGCUAAUGUUAUCCGCAGAGAUGCUGAUUAUUUAUUCAAAAUAAUUGGGAAAGCAUAUGCUAUACUUUCAGACCCUACAAUGAAAAGCAAACAAUAGAACCUGACAUGUGGAUCAAUAGUACAAGCUAUCCUACAGCAGCACCCAGAUCAAUCAAAGUGGCGAUAGGAUUUUUUUGUAAAAAAUGUGAUAAUAUAAUUUUGUGAUAAUCAUGAAGUGAUCUAGUGAAGAAGCAUAAUGAGGUCAUGAAAUCCUGGAUGCUCUAAUACAGGAGGCUGGUGAUAUUGUUCAUGCCGUAUCACAAGCUGUGCUCCCAUCGUGGGUUUUAGGCUGCAUGAGUACCAUCAACCCAGGAACUUCUUCAUGCCUAAUCACUGAUGUCAAAGUUUUAUGGUGUGCCAAGUUUCCAGUUCUGUGUACAGAGUGCAUACUAUACAUUACUGGGGUACCACUUACCCCUGCAAAAUGUGACCUUUUUUCUUUCUGGAAAGGAGAUGUGCAUAUAUCUAAUGUUCCGCAUUGUUUCUCGAAGCAGUUGAGACUAGAACCACCAACAGAGGAGCACUGUAAAAAUACAGGUAUACUUUUCUAUACCGUCGUUUACAUGGGUAUGGCAGCAGCAUGAUUUGUUUGAUUUGUUGAUUUUGUUUGUAUAUUAUGGUUUUGCAAGAGAGAGAGAGAGGAUGGAAUUUUUUUACAUGGUUUGUCUUCAGUAAAGCUGUAUAUAAAACUGGACAAAUGAGUGAUUCUUUUGUUGUAUCAAACAAAUAAGUUGGCUUGCAUGAACUGUGAUUUGUGGUGGUUGGCAUGUUGUGCCGUUGUCUUCGAAAGUUCCAACUUGUACUUUGUUA